UAGAAAACUUCCUGGUGAUAUAGUUCCGGCUCGUAUUUCUUGUAAACACAGCGUACGGUCGGAAACACAGAAUUGUUGUCGAUGAUACAGUUAGAAUUUGUGUCGCCAGUUGUUAUUAAAGCCACGGUAUCGCUCAGUGUUGGGCGUUUAUCGCGUCCGAACGAGCUGCGGCGCUUCUCUGUAAAUAAGGCUCCCCGCCGAAUGACAGCUGUCAGCUAAAAGCUAGCCAAGCUAACGUUUAGAGAGAGCGCCGAGUCUGUCAGCAUUAGAAAGAAGUGACAGUCUCAUGGUGGUCUCAUUUCAAUGGGGAACUGUCUAUUUUCACAAGGUGCGGAUGACCUGUCGCUGCUGAACGACUCCGAGGGAGGCAGUCUGCCCGGAGAGCCCCCGCCGCCAUACCAAGAGCAGCCCGGGUCUCAGGAGCGCACUCAGGCUGUGCCAGUGUACCAUCCCACCCCAGGUGAGAGCCGUCUGGCCAGUCAGCUGACUGAGGAGGAGCAAGUCCGCAUCGCACAGCGCAUAGGACUCAUCCAGCAUCUUCCCAAAGGCAUCUUUGAUCCAGGCUCUGACGCCUCUGAGAAGAAAGUUAAAGAAUGUGUCAUCUGCAUGUUGGAUUUUGAAUAUGGCGACCCCAUUCGGUUUUUGCCCUGCCUUCACAUCUACCACGUGGACUGCAUCGACCCAUGGCUGAUGCGUUCCUUCACCUGCCCCUCCUGCAUGGAGCCCGUAGAUGCAGCCCUGCUGUCUACUUACGAAACCAACUGAGCGGCCCUUGGUGGCUGCUUCUGCCUAAAAGUAAUGCACCUUUUUAGCCAAAACUGUCAUAGCUGUUCCAACAGAUAGAAGAGGGGAUGUGGCAUGAUGCAGAUGUUUGUUGGGUGCUUGUUAAUACACACAAGUAAACAACUGUGUCGUACAACACAUUCUGUAGGCCUGAAAUGCACCUAGUCAGACUUGGAAAGCAUGCUUUGGCAGAAGGAAGAUGUGCCAAAUACAACAAAUGAAGGAGCUGUACAAGUAGCAAAAUAUUACUCCACAGUAAUUUCACUUUCAUAUGACUUACACUUAUUUUUGCCUUUGUGUAAUUUGCACCCUCUUUCAAGAUGUGUGAUGUGUAACAUGUUCUCUAAAUGGAGGAAAUGCAUAAUUGUUUUGAUCAAGUGGCAAUCAUUGUCAGAAUUUCCAGUGAACACAUGAAGUGAAGUAACUGCACUCUCCAAGUAAACUUGUGGUCUUGAAUGUCACUGAAACACAAUACUCUCUACUGAAAAGCAUACAUCAGUAUACAUAAAACUUAAAUCACACUUUCCUGAAGCUAUGCCAUGAGAUAAUAUGGUGUCAGUUCAGCUUUUGAGCAUAUUUUGAAAAUUACUCCAGUUUUAUUUUAGCUGCUUUGACUAUAUGUGAAUGUUUCUGUUGCUUUCCCACAUGAAUCCUCAGCUUUUGCUUUGCCUUAAGUUUGUACUCUUAACCCGUAGUUUGUCCUUUACAGUCAAUAACAAAGACACAAUAUAGCGUGCAAUCACCCUUAAAGCACCUUGAGAUAAGAUGUCUGUCACCUGAUACUGUGUAGCUUGUAGAUUUCGAUAAUGGUGUUUUUUCUAUGUGUGUAUGUUUGCAUUUUAAGGGGAUGUUGGAUAGAGAUCGUCAUGUCAAACUAACAUCGAGUUAACCCCCUCAGUUGUGAAAUGUAAUGUAGUUUCCGCUCCUUUUCUUGUUUGAAGCUUUUGGAUUGUGCGCCGAAUGCCUUCUAAAUGAGCAAGUGAUGCAUUUCCAAAGCUUCCACGUCUGGUAAUGGAAUGUGAUUUUUAUGCUUUUGGUGUUGGACAUGUGCUGUCAGUUAACGUUGCAUAAUACACAAAGAUGUGAAAUGGCAAAAACAGAAGCUACAGCAGUAGAAAGGAAUGUAUCUUCAAUGUAAAGCAUGAUUUCAGUUGUUAAACAUUGACAGUAUGAGUGUAAAAGGAAAUUUGUGAUUUACUGUGCACAUACUGUGCCUUUUAAGGUUGAGGUAAGCCAAUUUCCUGUGAAGUACAAUCAUUUAUGACAUUACUUUUGUUUUUCUUUAGUUGUCCUCUAGGAGGAGGCAGAUACCAGCAAUGUAGUGAUUUGUGUCACAAUGAAACAGGCCUAGGAUGAAGCCAGAAAUGUGAUCUGGCUGCUGUUAACAAUCAACAGUCAUUCUGUCUUUUGAUUUAUGACUUGUGCUAUGAGUGCACAGGUUUUAGGAAAUCCAUGAAACCACAAUAAAAGUGGAUAC